GAUCGUCACCCAGACAUACUGCUACACUGGAAGAUCAACCACCCGAUGCUCAGUCGUGAUUUGCACACAAUGCACGCCUGUUGAUCUCAGAGAUUUUAAAAGCCAUAUUCGUGGAAGUGACACAAGUCACAUGGGGCGGCGUCCAACCAUCAUGCACCACUCUGAUUGACGUAUCGAGCUUUUCGAGAGCUAGCGCUGGAUGCCCUAUGGACGCACAUACAAUUGUCAGCAGUGCUUGCCAUACGUCUACCUCAGGACGCUCGUUCUCAACCUGUCAAAGUGUAUUUGAAGAAUGCCACCAAGUUCGAAUACACACCCUCCACAAUGGCUGCAGCAUGCAGCAUGCAGGGUGAGGCUUCCCGGACCCUUGGUCGAUGAUGAUUGGGCGACUUUCCAAAAGUAUGCGCGUCGCGUGCGCUCGCUCCCUUUCGAAACAUAUAAUAUGUCACGUCCUGGGCUGCAUGAUAGCGCUGCGCUUGCUCUCCUGGACUCUCAUGCUUUGCUGUCCCCACUGUUUCCUCGGCUCCAAGAGCUGAUCUGGUAUGACGAGCGUGAUAUACUUGUCCCUUGCCUGCAGCGCUGCAUUUCUGCCAUGCUUGCUCGACUAGUCAUUGAUUCGGAGCAUUUGCCACCGGUAAUAGUUGAUCUCGUGGCAGGCUUGGGCAAGGCCUGCCCUAAAAUCAAAGAAUUUCGUUGUUCGACACCACCCGCUAGUUUAUGCGCCAUGCUUUCUGACCUUGUCACUUGCUGGGGUGAUUUGGAGAUCUUGACGACGGGAGCAGUGAACGCACGUGCAUUGCAGUAUCUUGCAUCUCUAACACAGCUGAGAGAGCUGGAGAUACUCGUGCCAGAGGGUCACAACCUGGAACCGGCUUCGGUCAUAUUUUCGUUGGACAGGUUCCGCAUAAUUGCUCCAAGGAGCGAUUUGCUUCUCGCUUUUUUUAGCGCCCUUGCAAAUUUCUGCGAAGAACGUACAGUCGGAGACCUAAACGCCCCUAAACGCUGUUUAUCUCGAUCACUUCCUUUCCUUCCUUACAGGGCAUUUCAAACCCAGUGUUUUAGAAUGGCUAGGAUGUUCUGGCGUCUCGCCCAAACCGCGCUGAGUUCAUCAAUCACGCGCCAUUUCCAUUGACCGCUUCCGCCUUCCGAAUGCUACGGGCCUUCGCAGAGCUCACCAGACUUAAUCUCGGUUCAAUGCAUAUCUCUAUCACCGACGGUGAAGCCCUAGACCUCGUUUCCGCAUGGCCGUAAAUGGAAUAUCUUUACCUUGGCACGAGAUGGGUGGGGAGUUCCCCGCUUGGGCGUGACAUUUCGCGGCCUUGCGGGUAUCCUCGAGCGCUGCCAAAACCUGCGAUCCCUGGGGGUCAACCUAGACACCUCGGCCCGCCAUGGCUUAUGUGUUGAUCGCCGGUACACUGGCAUCACCAGGGAGAAAGUUACUUCCCUGAGCGUUGGGCAUGGGGAGUGUAUCAAUG